AUGGAAGGAUCAGGAGUCUCUCCUAGCUUCAGUUGUUACUCUUCUGAUAGUUUAACAUCCAUGGCAGUCGCCAAAGUGAUCCGUGAAGAACAUGCAGCUCGAUUUCAAGAAUUUGGGGAUCUUAGCGAAGAUGACUUUGAGUUUUCGGUGGGUUUAAGCGAUGAGGAUGUUUCAAAGGAAGAGAACGCUUCACGAAGCUGGACUGUUUUUCCUGUUUUCAAUCACAAUUUAAUGAUGAAAGAUGACGAAGAUCGUGAUCAGGUUAAAGGGAAGGAAGAUGAACAAGAAGACUCUUCUUGGUGUUCAUCAUCAGAAGCCGACGAAUUGGAAAGUCCACGUUCUAAAGCAUACUGCGUACUGUGGAGGCCUAAAUCCGACAGUGGAUCGCCACCUCGUGUGAGUAAAUGUAAGAAGAGUAGUUCUACCGGAUCUGGAUCGAAGAGAUGGAGCAUCCGGUCUUUGCUCCGGCGAAGCAACAGCGAAGGGAAAGAACCGGUGGUGUUGUUGACUCGUAAGAAGGUGGACGCUACAAAACAGAAACGGAACUCCGGUGAGGUUUCAAAAGUUGGCGGCGGAUUGAAGGUGCAAACUCCUGUACAUGAAUUGUUUUACGUGCAAAGAAGAGCUGAAAAUGAAGUUGUGAGGAGGAAAUCGUAUCUACCCUACAGGCAAGGUCUUGUAGGGUUCUUCUCAAAUGUCAACGGAAUGGGCAAAAUGCUUCCAUUUUGA